UAUUUUUUUUACCAAAUGAAAUAUUAUGCACGUGCUGAAAUUCAAGCCCUAUCUCUUCUUUACUCCAAGAGUAGUAGUAUAAAUAAGGAAAUCAUGUUGAAGAAGUCUUCACAGCCUUCCAAGUUAUCAAUGUGCUCUAUCUUAUACUCAAAGCUUGGAAGUGAUUACAAAGCUAACUUUGUCCAAACUAAAACACCAAGUAAGACUAGUAUUCAAGCAAGAAUUUCACUAGUCGAUAUGCCCAACUCUCAGUAUCAGAUGGAGGGUUACAACAAGAUGAUGUUAAACUAUGUUCCCGUCUACGUAAUGCUACCAUUGGGAGUGGUUUCUCCUAAAAAUUCAUUCAAAGAUGAGGAAGGCACCAAGAUGCAACUAGAAAAACUUAAAAAAGCAGGCGUGGAUGGUAUAAUGGUGGAUGUAUGGUGGGCAACCAUAGAAGGGAAAGGUCCAAAGCAAUAUGAUUGGAAGGCAUAUCGACGUUUGUUCCAAAUUGUACAACAAUAUGGCCUAAAAAUCCAAGCCAUUAUGUCAUUCCACCAAUGUGGAGGCAAUGUAGGGGAUAUUGUCAACAUCCCACUCCCUCAAUGGGUUCUUGACGUUGGUAAAUCCAACCCCGAUAUCUUUUAUACCAAUUUGGCUGGUACUAGGAACGCCGAAUACCUCUCCCUUGGUGUCGAUGACAAACCUCUUUUCGAUGGCCGAACACCUAUUCAGAUCUACAGUGAUUUCAUGAAGAGUUUUAGACAGAAUAUGUCCGAUUUCCUAGAAGCAGGAACCAUAGUGGACAUUGAAGUAGGCACAGGUCCAGCAGGGGAACUACGAUACCCUUCUUAUCCCCAAAAUCAAGGAUGGGUUUUUCCGGGUAUCGGAGAAUUUCAGUGCUAUGACAAAUAUAUGGAAGAAGAUUUUAAGAAGGCAGCAAAAGAAGCAGGGCAUCCAGAAUGGGAGUUGCCUACUGAUGCAGGGAAAUACAAUGACACCCCAGAAGAAACAGGAUUUUUUAGAAGAAAUGGAACUUACAAAACUGAAAAAGGAAUUUUCUUCUUGACUUGGUACUCCACAAAGUUGAUACUCCACGGCGAUCAAAUCUUGGAAGAAGCUAACAAGGCUUUCCGUGGUUGCACCCUCAAGUUAGCAAUUAAGGUAUCAGGAAUUCACUGGUGGUUCAAUUAUCAUUGUCACGCGGCUGAACUAACUGCGGGGUACUAUAACUUGUACGCUAGAGAUGGAUAUCGGCCAAUUGCAAGAAUGCUAACUAGGCACAAUGCCAUCUUAAAUUUUACAUGUCUUGAGAUGAGGGACAGUGAACAACCUGCUGCAGCUUAUAGUGGUCCACAAGCACUUGUUCGACAGGUGUUAAGUGAUGCAUGGAAAGAGAACAUCAAGGUUGCAGGUGAAAAUGCACUUCCAAGAUAUGAUAGUACAGCUUACAAUCAAAUCUUGUUAAACGCCCGCCCAAAUGGCGUGAACCCAAAUGGUGCACCAGCUCUUAAGAUGUUUGGCUUUACUUAUCUUCGUGUCUCCGACGAUUUGCUCGAGAACAAUAACUAUAAGCUAUUCAAGACAUUUGUCAAGAGAAUGCAUGCUAACCAAGAAUACUGUCCAAACUCAGAAAUCUAUGGAAACUCUAUUGAACCGUUAGGGCCAUCAUUUCCGAAAAUUCCCAUUGAUGUUCUUCUGGAUGCGACGUCGAAACCGGAGCCAUUUCAAUGGGAUAAAAAGACAGAUAUGAGUGUUGAUGGUUCAUUUUCUGCCUUUAUAUCCAAGAUGAAAAAUUGGAUGGUUUGCAUAUUCAAGUCUCAAGAGUAACUGAAACUUAAGCCUAUAUAUGGUAAACUAAGUGAGCAUAAAUUUUAUCUGAGACAAAUAAUGUUUCUAUCUUAAAUAAAUUAAGGAAGCACUUCUAUCUUCUAGGUCUCAUUUCAUGUAUCUAGUAUAUAAAUUUAAGCUUCAUCUGUGUUUGUUCAAGGACUGUUUUAAUCUGGGCAGUAAAUAAAUGUGAAGUACAUCAGUCAUUGUA